AUGGCCAGCACCUCUGGAGACCGCUUUCGCCUUCGAUCUCUUCAGGCCGGCGACUUCCGGAAGGGUCAUGUCGAGGUGCUGGCGCAGCUGAGCCAGGUUGGGAAUGUCGACGAGGCAGCCUGGCAAGAGCGCUUCCAGGUCCUGUCCAGUCAACAAGAUGUGUACAAGAUCAUGGUCAUUGAGGACACAACCACCGAAAGAAUAGUGGCCACCGCAACACUCCUCAUCGAGCUAAAGUUCCUGCGGAGCAGCGGCAAGUGCGGUCACAUCGAGGACGUAGUGGUUGACAACAGCUGCCGUGGAUAUGGGCUGGGCCUGAGGUUGAUACAGCGGCUGGUAGAUCUGGCAGAGGAGGCAGGCUGCUACAAGGUCAUCCUGGACUGUGCAGAAAGCAAUGCUGCGUUCUAUGCCAAGGCUGGCCUUGCUCGCAAGGAGGUGCAGAUGGUGAGUGGGAGGGCUGGGAAUGCGCUAGUGUUAUGA